CGGUACAAUAGAGCUGUUGUGCCGUGGUGGUGGACAGACUGCUACCCAGGAUCUCCUUCUGUGUUCGGACACAAAAAACCCAAAUUCCCCCUCUCUGAAAUCACCGGAGCCUCCGUGUGUUUUACCCCGUAUUCUGGAGGUUUGAUCCGGACUGAAAAGUGGCGGGAAUAAAGCGGACAGCAGCGGGUGGACUGAAGGAUGUUACAGGAUGAAACGCCUCCAUUCCUCCAGCAGCAGCGACAGUUCUGACAAUGAGAGUCCCUCUACCUCUUUCUGCUCCUCAAACAAAUAUGGCGGCAAACCUGAAACCCCCGCCGCCGACCCGAAGAAACCGGCUGAAGUGUUCAGAAAAGACCUGAUCAGUGCCAUGAAGCUGCCCGACUCCCACCACGUGUCCCCGGAGGAUUACUACCUGCUGGCGGACACCUGGAAGCAGGAGUGGGAGAAGGGGGUGCAGGUGCUGGCCAGCCCCGACACCAUCCCCCAGCCCUCCGUCAGAGCGGUUGUGGAGAAGCCCAAAGAGCUGCUGUUCACGCUCCAGAGGAAGUUCCUCCAGAGCUCCAGUCAGGAGUCCACGGAGCCGGGAUACAUGAACAUCAAGGAGCUGUCGGAGAACAUGUGCCGCUACGACCUGGACGACAUGGACCUGCACUGGCUGCACGGCCUCAACACGGAGCUGCAGCGCAUGGGCGAGGAAUCCAUCGACGAGCUGACGAUGGAGCGCGUGAUGGAGGCGCUGGAGACGCAGUGCCACGGGAACAUGAAGCACGCCAUGGAGACGGUGGAGGGGCUCGGCAUCGAGUACGACGAGGACGUGAUCUGCGACGUGUGCCGCUCCCCCGACAGCGAGGAGGGCAACGACAUGGUGUUCUGCGACAAGUGCAACAUCUGCGUUCACCAGGCAUGUUACGGUAUCGUCAAAGUACCCGUGGGGAACUGGCUCUGCAGGACCUGUGUCCUCGGCAUCGACCCGCAGUGCCUCCUCUGCCCUCAGAAGGGAGGGGCCAUGAAGGCAACACGGGCCGGAACCAAGUGGGCCCACGUGAGCUGCGCCCUGUGGAUCCCAGAGGUGAGCAUCGCCUGUCCUGAGAGGAUGGAGCCCAUCACCAAAGUGUCCCACAUCCCCCCCAGUCGAUGGUCGCUCAUCUGCAGUCUGUGCAAGUGGAAGACAGGAGCGUGUAUCCAGUGCUCGGUGAAGAACUGCACCACCCCCUUCCAUGUGACCUGUGCCUUCGAGCACAGCCUGGAGAUGAAGACCAUCCUGGACGAGGGCGACGAAGUGAAGUUCAAGUCCUACUGCCUGAAGCACAGCAAGUCUAAAGGAGGGGGGGAGCCUGGCCUGAGCCCUGCACGAUCCAAAGCGCCCCCCGAGGCUGAGAAGGGGGGGCAGCGAGCUCAGAGGCUGCAGGAGCUGGAGGAGGAGUUCUUCACCCGGGUCCGGCAGGAGGACCUGGUGGGGGCCGUGGGGCUGUCGCUGCGCCUGGUCGACUUCAUCUUCCAGUACUGGAUGCUGAAGAGGAAGGCCAACUUCAACAGAGCGCUGCUGCCCCCCCGACAGGGCGAGGAGAACCUGGAGCUGCAACCGCAGGAGGACAGCAUCCACACCCGCAUGAGAAUGUUCAUGCACCUGAGGCAGGACCUGGAGAGGGUGAGGAAUCUGUGCUACAUGGUGAGUCGUCGUGAGAAGCUGAAGGUUCUGCAGGGCAAAGCCCAGGAGCAGAUGUUCAACCUCCACGUGAAGCUGCUGAACCAGGAGCUCUCUGCCGGUCUUCCUUCUUCCUCUUCUGCAGAGAGCGUGCUGUUCCGUCCUCCUCCGAGGAUCACCCUGAAGCUGAAAAUGCCCAAAUCCUCCAGCCUGGGAAAUGGCGGUUCUAAAUCCGGGAAUGGGCCGCUGUGCCCGGACAAUAGUGGGAAUGUGACGGAGCACGGGGGGGAAGGGUUAGGUCUGGGGAAGCCUCAGAUGCACGGACACAACCGGAGAGACGAGCGCUCCAACGGGCGUCUUUCGUCCUCCUCUUCCUCCAGCCGCCCGGCGCCGCCCUUCACCAAGCCCAGCGGGAAGCCUCUGGCCCUGCAGGCGGCGCUGCACGGACACGCCUCCCACAGCAACGGCAAAUCCAACGGCCUGCUGGAGAAGCUAGUGUCGCAGAAGAAGGACAGUUCCUGCCAGACUCCCAGCGAGCAGGAAGCGUCGAAGAGCAGCUUUCGGAAGUCCGCCAUGGAGCACUUUGGCCGCUCCUUCAAAGAGGCCACCAUCAACCUGGUCCGGACCACGGAGGACCUGAGGGCCUCUGACAAACUGUCCCGGAAAGAGAGACUGUGGGCCAAACCGGUGUCGGAAAACCCGGUGCCGAGCGGGAGGCAGGACAGCGACGGAUACUGUCCCGACCUGGAGCUCAGCGACUCGGAGCCCGAGGCCAAAGGGAGGCACCGGCGGAAACAGGGCGGGGCCCCGACAGACUCCCAAAAGAAACAGGGCUCCAGACACCCGGUGCAGAGGUGACGGCAGUGUGCACCCCCCCUCCAGACUGAAGCAACUGAAGCGUUGACUCUAAUUCAAUGCAUUAGGUCAACAGAUUUCACUUAAUUUAAUUUUUAGCUCCAACUUAAUAUUAUUGCUUUAAACUCACCUAAUUCAGCGGACUGAAUUCUGCUGACUCGAUCCAUUUAAGUAGAGACUACGCUUCAGUCGUUCAGCGUAGUCUUCCUAAGUGUCUUUGUGAAACACGCCUGUACACUACAGCUGCAGAGAUUCAUCCUCAAAACUGUUAAAAGUAUUUUGAUAGAUUUCAUUUUUUAGAAAACAAAAGACAAAGAUUCUUUAACUCCAGCUUCUUCAAUGUGAAUAUUUUCUGGUUUUCUUUUCUAAACAAUAAAAACAAGACAUCUUAGGACAUCCUCAUCAUCAUUCUUCACCAUUUUCUGGACCAAAAAAGCUAACAGGUGGUGCAGGAAUGAGUCCUUAAACCGUGCCAUGACUCGGCAUUUUAGCACUUCCUGUUCCCUCGUCUUAAAGUCAAUGGUUUUCUGAAUGUGUUUUUGGUUGUUAGCCUGAAAUAAGGUCUGUGGUUCACCACAGAUUGUGGAUUUAAAAACAGUAGUUGCUAACAAGUGUGUGAAUGAGACGACUAAACGCCAUCACGUCCCACGUUAGCCGCCUUUAGCUUAGCGGUGGUGGAGAUUAUCCUGCUGAACAAAAUGUGUUAAUAUCAUAACAGAGAUUAUUUCCUAACACUUGGAAAAAUCCCAUUGGCUUUUUGUGGAGGGAACCAGUGAGAUGCUACAUUUACCCCAAUAAAUAUAUGUGCAGACCUACUGUACGCAAAGAUGCAUUAAGGGAAUUUUCAGCAUCAUCAUCCAUUGGUGUUCAUUUAACCACAGAAAUAGCCCUGUGUUAGUCCGUCAGAUUUCCACGACUGCCUUGUCAUGGCUGUAGUUACAUUUUGUACUCUGCACAACUUUGUAUGAAACACACAGGUUCAUUUUGCCUUUCCUACUCAAUCUGCUGUAUGUGACAUGUUGAAAUUGGGAUGUAAAUACUGUGAAUCUCACAUGCUCUACUUUCAAAAUCUAAUGACCCCCAGAAAGUGAAACCCAGCAUCCCCCUUUAACUGUCUCUCACACACUGUUUCCACACAGGUAAUACACUGACUGUCCAUACUGGUCAAGUAUUGGGGUUGUUUUAUGAAGAGAAAGGCCUUUUGUGUGCUCAGUUUUACACCAUUUGUAGAAAUGAGCCUGAAAAACAUGGAGCUUCUUGUGUGUAAGAAAGUAAAAUGACAUUCCCUGAUUGAAAGCAGCAUUUCUAAAUCGAACGACAGAAAAUAAUUGCAAACUAUUUUGAUAAUUAUGUAAUUUUUCAUGUGGAAAAUGUCUUGAAAAGCCUAAAAAAUGUUGGGAUUUGCUGUUUUUGUCCUGUUUUUCUAUCAAAGCGGGACAUUAAGACGUGUUUUCCACAGAUAAUCAACACGUUCAUUAGUUAGAGUAUGUAGUUCCCUCAGCUCAUCACAUGAUCCGCCUUCACUAUCACUCCUUACCUUUUUAUAUGUGUCUUUUUCUGUUUCUUGUCACCUUUUUUUUGUGUAAUUAAAGACUGGAAUAACUGGUU